AUGUAUGUAAAAAAUGGUAUUAACACAAAGGAGGCCUGGGACCAGAGAUUGUUGAGGGCCACGCUAACCUUCGAAGAGAAGAUCGAGAAGAAGACACUGCAGAUGGUAAACGGCACACAACCACCGAAGAUAUUUGACGAGACGGUGCUCAGAGCGUGCGUUGCCAGCGAAGACUGGAGCCUGAAAGGCAGCCAAGAAACUGAGUCAUGUCGUAAAGUCAGGCACAGUGGUAAUAACAAACAAAGGGAAAGGAAGAGGCAUAAAGUUUGCUUUGGAAGCGGAGGAGGACGAGGUACCAACACGCUGGAGUACUCUCUUCCUUGCAAGCUCAUUAGACGAAAGCUGAAGGAGGAUUUGAAACCUUCCGAUGGCGAAAAUUAA